GACUUUUAUUUUUCAGUUUUCCCAAAGAAUUUGGUGAUGCGCCUCAGCAAGAUAUUUCGCGCUUUACAGGAUAUGAAGCAUGGCAUCCUAAAGUAAUCGGUUACAGUUUCCAAAUGUCAGAUGCGAUGACUUUUUUUGCUUUUAUUACGACGGGAGCUGCCGCUUAUCUGUCACUAAAAUGGACCGAAAAGCCGCCACCUAACAAAAGAUAUGCUUCGCACUUAAUAAAAAAUGGUGUUAAAGUGUCCACAUUAGCAUUCAAUCGAGUCAUUGCAUACUACAUUGCAAUAACCUUUAUCUGUGUGGCCGCCUAUAUGAUACUGGAUGUUGGCAAAUUAUGGUCUGCAACUGGUGUUUUACAUAAUGUAUUUGAAAUUGCGAUUAUGUUGAUAUUAAAUUUCGGUGGUAAAAUCAAGUCUCAUGCGCUCCGCGACGAUGGAUCUGAAAUUCCUCUUACCGAAGACGAUAUAAUCCAAACAGAACAAGCAACAGGGCUUGAUUGUGACUUUUAUCCAAAUACUGUCCAUCAUCCUUAUCAACUUUGGUUAUUAAUUUUAGCGUCGGUCGCUCACCUUAUUGGUAACAUUGGUAAUUCUAUUUGGGUGGAUAGUGGUUUAGCGUAA